AUGGAUGAUAACGUUCAAGAUUUAAAGUCUACUAAGAGUAAUUCUUCUCAUGCAAUCAUGCAGAUGAAGGCUGGAAAGAAGGUUGAUCCCUUAGAUUACCCAGACUGUUCAACGAUGCCUGCUAAGACCCUUAGUGUUAAAAGAGAAACUUCUAGUGAAGGAUCGUCAGGAGAGUAUUAUGAAGUUGAAAAGGUUAUAGAUGUUAGGAAUUGUAAUGGUGAGGAAAAAUAUCUUGUAAAAUGGAAGGGAUAUCCCUCAGAAGCAAACACUUGGGAGCCUAUUGCUAGCUUCGGUACCAAUCUUCACCUUCUUAAUGAAUUUAUUGAAAAAUAGAAACAGAAAAAUUAAAUCUAAAUUUAGGAGUGUUAAAUUUGGAAGAAAUGUUUCUUAUUUAAAAAACAAGGAUCUGAAGAAGAGCAGUAAAAAUUCUGAAAAUAAUGCUUCCAAAGAAACCCCCAAUCAGCAAAAUAUUGAAAAACCAACUCCUUCGAACAAUCAAGAAAUUUUAGAGUUAAGCGAAAAUUCAAACAAAUCCUCUUUAAAAGAGUCUGAAAAAUCUGAAGAAAAUAGCCCAAUUUGAGUUGAAGAAUAUCUUGAAAAUAUAAAAAGAGUUAAACCUCAGAAGAAUUCGCCUAAAUCAAAGAAUAUAGAACCUAGCAAGCAGGAGCCCGAUUGUAAAGAAAAAAAUAACAACCCAAAACCUAGCUCUUGUAAUAACAAUAAAAAGGAGCAGAACUUACCCAAAACCCCUGAAAAGCUCGCCCCUUCAGCUUUAAAACCUACCCGAAAGUCAGUAUUCAAAAGGGUGAAGAAAAGUUCUCCUCCAGCUGAAAACCCACCCACAAAAUUACCCAAAAGUUUGAUAAAACCUAAUAUUAAAAAACUCGAAAAUCCAAAACCAUUACGUAAACUGCACAUGGAUCGAAAAUUGAACCCUCAAAACCCUAAGAAGCAGGAUAAAGUCAAGCCUGACCCUGCAGGGGAUAAGAAAAGGGUGCAUAAAGAAGCAUCGAAGCAGGAGGCUGCAGGAGGACAGACACCUAAGCAAGACUGUGAGAAGGAAGAGAGAGUCAGUGGUAGUUUAGAUGAAGAUAUCCCCCAAGAGAUUAAGAAAAUGAAGAUGAUCAAGGGUUUGUUGUGUGGGCUCGUUCUAUGGAAAAAGAGAACCAAUGGAGUUCGUCCCAGAGACAGUUUCUGAAUAGUAGAAGAUCUGAAGAAGGACUAUAUUGAGAUGGUGUGAGCCUUCUAUGAGAGCAAGAUCAAAGUGGGCGGACAUUAGAAACUUAAUUAAAUUUCAAAGAAUA